GUAGUGGAAUCUUUGCUACUGCAGCUAGGAGGAGUUUGAGUAGACUAUGCACUGAGCUGUAAGAAGGUUUGUAGUAGAGCGGAGGAGACUUGUCUACACACAGCCGAAGUGCAGGAAUACGACAGAUGUUAUUCAUGAACACAACAGAGGAGUAAAGACUAUGCCCUAGGACCCAGUCGUGGAACAAGGGUAGUGAGCACUGUGCCUGAGCAUCCCAGCAGAGGAACAGGGGUAGUGUUGUGGAGUGUGCCCAAACACCCAGCAGAGGAAAGCGCUAGUGCAGACUGUGCCCCAGAACCAAGAAAAGGAACAGGGGUAGUGGGGGCUGGACUUCUGCACCCAACAUAGCAACAGGUGUAGUGUGAACUGCGUGUCUCAGAACCCAGCAGAAGAACAGGGUUAGUGUGGACUGUGCCCCAGAACCCAGCAGAAGAACAGAGGUAAUGUGGACUAUGCCCCAGAAGCCAGCAGAAGAACGGUAGUAAUGUGGACUGUGCCCCAGAAUCCAGCAGAAGAGCGGACGUAGUGUGGACUGUGCCCCAGAACCCAGCAGAAGAGCGGAGGUAGUGUGGACUGUGCCCCAGAAUCCAGCAAGAGAGCGGAGGUAGUGUGGACUGUGCCCCAGAACCCAGCAGAAGAGCGGAGGUAGUGUGGACUGUGACCCAGAAUCCAGCAGAAUAGCGGAGGUAAUGUGGACUGUGCCCCAGAAGCCAGCAGAAGAGCGGAGGUAAUGUGGACUGUGCCCCAGAACCCAGCAGAAGAGCGGAGGUAGUGUGGACUAUGCCCCAGAACCCAGCAGAAGAGCGGAGGUAGUGUGGACUGUGCCCCAGAAUCCAGCAGAAGAGCGGAGUUAAUGUGGACUGUGCCCCAGAAUCCAGCAGAAGAGCCGAGGUAGUGUUGACUGUGACCCAGAACCCAGCAGAAGAGCGGAGGUAGUGUGGAGUGGACUGUGCCCCAGACGCCAGCAGAAGAACAAGAUUAGUGUGGACUGUGCCCCAUAAUCCAGCAGAAGAGUGGAGGUAGUGUGGACUGUGCCCCAGAAUCCAGCAGAAGAGCGGAGGUAGCUUGGACUGUGCCCCAGAAUCCAGCAGAAGAGCGGAGGUAAUGUGGACUAUGCCCCAGAAUCCAGCAGAAUAGCGGAGGUAGUGUGGACUGUGCCCCAGAACCCAGCAGAAGAGUGGAGGUAGCGUGGACUGUGCCCCAGAACCCAGCAGAAGAACAAGAUUAGUGUGGACUGUGCCCCAAAACCCAAAAAAUAGAACAGGGAUAGAGUGGACUGUACCAAAGCACUCAGCAGAUGGAUGUUCCGGAGCUCCUACUGGGAUCUGCUGCCCUGGUUGCCUGCACAGUGCUGCUAUGUGAGUUGCUUCGCUGGGCAUGCCACAGGAUUGUGCCCGCAGGUCUAGGGCUAGAACUGGCCUUGGAAGUGGUGUCCACUGUGCAGCUGUGCUGCUGUACCCUGGAGAUGAAUCUGUUCUGCACUAAAACUGACAUAGAGCUCUGGCUGGUACUGGUCCUCAUCUACCUGUUGACUGUCCUGCACUGCCUGACCUUCCAAGGUGCCUCCUGUAAUCCCUGUGGCAGUGUCAAUCAGUGGCUAUGGGGCCUGGCAAAGGGGUCACAAACUGUUCUGGAGGUGAUGGCACAGUUUGCAGGUGCUGGACUUUCUUGGGUGCUCAUGCCCCACCUCUGGUCACUGAGACUGUCACCAUUGCACCAGCUGGGCAAGGACUGUGAGAGCCCCCUGCAAGUAUCUCCUCUGUCUGGGGCCUUGGUUGAGAUGACCUGUGCUAUCAGCCUCUUCCUGAUUCUGCACCCCCUUCCCAGGGUCAGCGCCCCUCUGCAACCUCAUAUGGUGGCUCUGACCAUUACCGGAAUUGCCUAUGCAGGUGGACCACUGACUGGAGCCAUCUUCAACCCUGUGUUGGCCUUUGCAGUUGUCUUCUUGUGCCAUGGUCACAGCUACCUGCAGUAUAUCAUCGUCUACUGGUUUGGACCUCUUAUUGGGAUGUUGCUCUCUUUCCUGUUAUUGGAGUACAUAUUUCCGAAGCUCCGGCCUGGGAGAGUGAAGAGGGACUAGGCGAUCACUGCCUUCCAUGUUCAGCAAGUCCUCUGAUUGCCACGAGUCUCCUCUCUAUGAAGGUGCUAGUAGCCAUCCAAUACGUGGUGCUCUCCAAUACGUGGUGCUCCCCAAUACGUGGUGCUCUCCAAUACGUGGUGCUCUCCAAUACGUGGUGCUCUCCAAUACGUGGUGCUCUCCAAUACGUGGUGCUCUCCAAUACGUGGUGCUCUCCAAUACGUGGUGCUCUCCAAUACGUGGUGCUCUCGGCAUAUUUAUUGUCCACGUGUUGUUCAAAUGGCUAUUUUUUCUUUUAUUUCUUUUUUUUUUUUUGCAACCUGGAAAAAUGAAACACAUCUUGUCAUCUAAAUGUGUAUUUCAUGAGCAUUGGCCCGGAUUCAAAGAGAAUUGCGCUUUUUUUGCGGAGGCGCAGGGCAACGAUUUUGCCCUGCGCCCCCA